GAAACUGUAAUGGUGGUCACAUUACAAACACACUUACUCCAAAACAACAACACAAAACUGAUACAUUCGAAUUAAAAAGUAAUGUGAGGAAAUGAAAAUGAACGCAUGAUUAAAUUGAAAUUAUGAGUGUUGAACAAACACCAAUGAUUAGAAAGUUAGUAGCAUGAGAUGCUCUAGGGAGUUGAACCUUUUUUUUUUGUCUUUCUCGUUAGAUGGCAAUAGCAACAGGAAUAGCAUGACUCGAAUGACGGUUAGGCCUUUUUGUUUUCAUGUUUGAAUUGUUGUUUUCUGGUUUUAGAACGCAAUUUUACUGCAGACUGUGUUUUUUUUUUUCUUUGUUUCGCUCUCUGUGUCCCUUUAUUUUCUCCCUAUUUUAUGGUGCUUGCCCUUGUAAUUUUAUUUUCUUCAUCAUUACAAUUUUCAAUUUUAAUUGCCCUUUCACGUUUUUCUACUCUCUUUCUUCCUCAAUUUCAGUCUUCAGUCUUUAACCAACACAUAAUCCAGAAUGCAAUACCAUGGUCUCAGUUUUUCUGGUUUUCUUCAACCUCUCUUUCUAUAUAUUUAUACUAACACCUUGUGACCUAAACUAAAUUCAAUCCAACUUCGACAUGCUUUAGUUGAAUGCUGCAUUAUUAGUUGAAUUAGUUUCAGUUUUUUUUUUUUACUGGGGUACUGAAUUAUCCAUUGCUAAGUUCCGUUGACAGUUAGGAGUUUUGGAGUUUUUUUAUUUUUGAUUGCGGAGAAGGUAUGCUGCACUGCAUGCGUGAGUGUUGAGGUCACCUCUGCUCUGCUUUGGUAGAUUUUUCCGAUUAUUAGUGUUGGUUUUGCAGGUUUUGGAGUUGGAGAGUGCUAUGAAUUUGGGUGUGGAAAUGUUCGGGACGAGUAGAAGGCACAGGAGCGGUGGGCCUGUGGGACCCGUUUUGAUUUCGAAGCGUUUUGUUUGGCCUCACGGUGGAAGAAUGGUGUUUCUAACAGGUUCCUUCACGAGAUGGACAACAGUUAUACCUAUGUCACCCAAGGAAGGAUGUCCAACUGUAUUUCAAGUUAUUUGCGGCUUAACGCCUGGAUAUCAUCAGUACAAAUUUAAUGUAGAUGGUGAGUGGCGGCAUGAUGAGCAUCAGCCAUUUGUAUGUGGGGACGGUGGGACAGUGAACACUUUUUAUUUAGUGAGACAACCAGUUAUUUUGCCUCCUAUCGUAAAUGGUGAAACACCUGGUCGAUCCCACAUGGAGGUUGACUAUGAUGUCGUUGGGCAUGUGGAAGCUAAACCGAGGAUGUCAGAGUCUGAUCUGCAGGUCUCACGACAUCGUAUUUCGGUUUUCUUGUCUACACAUACGGCUUAUGAGUUGCUUCCCGAGUCAGGCAAGGUUGUUGCCUUGGAUAUAACUUUACCGGUUAAGCAAGCAUUCCAUGCUCUUUAUGAAGAAGGAAUAUCGUCAGCUCCUGUGUGGGAUUCUAGUAAGUGCCAGUUUGUUGGAAUGCUUAGUGCUAUGGACUUCAUUUUAAUACUAAAACAGUUGGGGAUUCAUGGAUCAAACAUGACUGAAGAACAACUGGAGACACAUACUAUAGCAGCAUGGAGAGAGGCAAAGGAACAAGAAUGCGCAAUUGAUAGUAAAGGGAGAGCAUACCCUCAACAUUUAGUUCAUGCUGGGCCCCUCGAGUGUCUAAAAGAUGUUGCUUUAAAAAUUUUGCAAGACAAGGUGGCAACAGUUCCUAUUAUUCAGUCUUCUUCAGAGGAUGGUUCAUUUCCUCAGCUGCUACACCUUGCUUCCCUCUCAGAAAUACUAAAAUGUAUAUGCAGGCAUUUUAAGCACUGUUCGGAUUCCUUGCCCAUUCUUCAGGUACCAAUUAGUACGUUACCUAUAGGUGCAUGGGUGUCAAAAUUGGGGCAAUCCAAUAAACAGCAACUUGCUAUGCUAUGGCCACAUGCUUCUCUUGGCGAAGCUCUAUCUCUGUUGAUUCAAGCUGGAAUUAGCUCAAUACCAAUUGUGGAUAUUAAUUAUUCAUUACAAGAUAUGUAUUCAAGAAGAGAUAUUAUUGCGUUGGUUAGAGAUAAAAUGUAUGCAAGGAUAGAUCUGGAUGGGUUUAGUAUCCAUCAGGCAUUGCUUUUGGGACGAGAUGCAGGUUUUCCUUGUGGGCUGCGCAAUGGGCCGAGAUGUCAUAUGUGUUUGAGAUCUGAUUCAUUACACAAAGUGAUGGAGCGCUUGACAAACCCUGGUGUUAGAAGACUUGUGGUUGUGGAGGCGGGUACCAGGCGUGUGGAAGGUAUCAUUUCUAUUAGUGACAUAUUCAGAUUAUUGUUAUGCUGCUAGUUGCAUAAAGAGAAUUGCAGUGCUAGCCCUGGAAAGUACUUGUUCUAUGAAAACUAUUUAUUUAAUCUCAGUUAUUUAUGCCCCUGCCAUUGUCAUUUACUUAUUCUUGGUCUUUGGUUACACGGGAACCUUCAGCUGUUACCCGCUUGGUUUUAUAUAUAGGAUAGAAAUUGUUGAGAGAAAAGUACUGUAAAUUGAGGGAUUAGAUAUUUGUCCUUAAACAACAUGACGGUUGCAUGAUUUUCUCCUUCGUGCCGGCACAAAUGCUUUGUUUGUGUCCUGUGCUAGCAGAAAUCAAGGAGGAACCAAAAAAAAAGGUAUUAUCAUUCCAGAUUUUCAUUA